AUGGACAACAACUUGGACAUGAGCGUUGCGGCCUUGCCGGCCGCCCAGGCCCAUCAAGUUCAGGCGGACAACGGCUUUGCCCCAGGUCAGAACCUGUACAAUUUCGAGGGACAGCCAUUACCCGAUGACGACGUCAUGUUUGUCGAACAACAACAGAAACAACGGGAACAGCAGCAGCAGCUACUGCAACAGCAGCUACAACAUCAACAACAGCUGCAAUACCAACAACAACUGCAGCAACUGCAACAGCAGCAACAACAGCAACAGCAGCAACAGCAGCUGCAAUAUCAGCAACAGCUGCAACAGCAACACCACAUGCAACAGCAACACCAAAUGCAACAGAUGUGGGAGCAGGGACUACACCAAGGCUGGCAGCAGCCCUGCAACACAUACCCCCAGGCCUUUUGGCAGCCGCGGCAACCACCAGCACUGCCGGCAUUCCUACCACAGCAGCCGGAGCCACAGCAUCAGGGGUGGCCGCACUACCACUACCAGGCACCGCAGCAGUCAUACCCGGCACCGCAGCCGUAUCCACAGCAGCCGCAGCAGCAGUCGCACGCUUAUCAGGGGUACCCGCGGAACCCACAGUGGCCACAACCACCACCACAGACACUGCAGCCACCACAGCCACAACCACGUCCACAGCCACAAAGGGCCCGGCAGCCAAGGCAGCCAAGGCAGUCACGGCGAGCAGCGCAGUCACAACAGCAGCCGCCCCAACCACAGCAGCAGCCACAGCCACAGCAGCAGCAACAGCAACAGCAGCCACAGCAGCAACAGCAGCAACAUCCUCCCACAGGAGGAGUUGAUAUUGAAAUGGCCUUGCUCGAAGCCUUCCGCCAGAUCGAUGCCGAGGAGGAAGCCCAACGAGUCGCAGCACGCGGCCCGCCGCCCGAAGAACUGCGUGCUGCCCGGCCAGGUCUCAGGACCCCAGUCAACUUCCCGCUCCUCCUCCCUCCAGAGGCCGUCUGGCAUGAGGGAGUCCCAGAUGGCGGCGACUCACCGGCGACUCAAUGA